AAUGCAAUAAAGAAUGUAAAGAUAUUGCGUAGUUUCGAUUCAGAUUAUUGUAUUUUAGGCUGCAUUUUAUGCAAAGUUAAAGGAAGUAAAACAUGGCAAAUUUUCUGUUUGUUGUUGGAAUACUUCUAGUUGGCCUUAUUUAUGAUGUUGCUGGUAUAGACUACUGCUAUGGGGCCUUCUAUUGUGACGAUGGUUACUACUGCUGUAAUUAUAACACGCAAUGCUGCUCUUCUCUUGGUGGAGGAUCGAUCGCCGGCAUAGUGAUAGGUAUUGCCGUCGUCGUCGGGAUAUGUAUCUGCGUAUGUAUUGUAUGUAUGAGGCGGAGGAGAAACCAGCCUGGGAUGAUAGUACAAAAUCAGCCGGCAGCGGGAGGAGUCGCAGUCGUUUCGCAGACAACUGGCCAAGUUGCCUAUCCGAACCCUGGAAUGCAUGGUCCACCUGGACUCCCUCAGCAAGGUUUCGUGCAACAGCCAGCACCUUACGGACAGCCAGCACCCUACGGACAGCCUGCCCCGUACGGACAACCUGCACCUUAUGGACAGCCUGGCAGUGAUCCCAGCAAGGUUACAUCGGCGCCGCCAGCUUAUGCCCAAUAUUAA